UCGAUUCAAAAUCAACAUGUCUGAAAGAACGAUCGCCGAGUCGAAAUUGAAGAGAUUCCUUCUGUACGGCAGCGAAGAGGUCGUAUAUUUCCCCGGUAGCAGAGUUCAAUACGGACAUUACUUGGGUGCUAACUUAGCUUCAUUGAGAAACCUGCUGAACCAAGUCGAUAAGCAGAAGAUCUUCGAUUUGGUCAAGAUUGUGCAAAAUGAAAAGCUAGCUUCACACAUCUGUAUAGUGCCUUUAGUAAUCUCCGAGUGCUGUAAAAUAUCAGGUUGGAAGGAAGAGGCGUUGGAGUUUGCUUUGACGGUUCUUCGAACAGACAAGGAAUUCUUGAUGUUCUGUAAAUUCUCCUACGAAAUUUUACCGGACAUUGGAAUUGGGCCACUCGUCACAAAAUUCAUUCGAGAAUGGUACCGAAGGCUGCAUUUUUGGGAACUGGUCGAAAUAGUGAGCGAGAGACCUUGCUGCUACGGAUGGUACCAUAGAGACGUCAUAAAAUUGGCCAACGUCAAUUCUCCCUGUCCACCUAGAGGAGCGGCUUUCGCUUACGCGACUGGAGGAGCGGAGUUAAUGAACCAACUGUACGGAAACGACGGAGAGGCUCGGGAAGUCGUCCAACAUCUGAACCGAGUCGAGGCAUUCAAAAAUGAAACCGACACAGAUAAAGCUGUCAUAGAGAUUGGAGCUUACAUGCACACCAUUCACACAACCAACAAGUCACUUCUUGGAAACAAACAAGUUUGGAAAGCCCUUAUAAGACAGAUGAACCUCCAGGAAUUGCUCACUAGACUCCCGACUAUACAAAAGAAAGGGUUUCUCCGGUGCCCGGUCCUAUAUUCGUGGGACCCUCAUUUCGUGCCUCAUCUAUGCGACCGUUUAGAAAGUCUGGGUGCAGUCCUCCAGUCGAAAAUAAGUCCGAGCAGGUCAUGCAUCGAGCAUCAAAGAUGGAAAAACAGUUCUCAGCUGUUCUGCAAGAGGUUUUCCAAGCCCAAGUCAGUUAACCAAGACAUCCUGAACGCGCUGAAAAAACAGAUGGAGAAAGCGUUGAAGAACAAUGCCAAAAUGACGACCAAGAACAUUACAGUUAUCGUCGAUUGCCACAAUCUGUCUUCAUCUUAUUGCAGCCAUAAACGUUUUGUUCAGGCAGACAUGGCGGCUGCUGUGACUGCCUUGUACUUCGGAAACACAUUGGCCAAGACCAAGGUUCUCAUUUUCAAAGGGAUCAGCCAUCAAUAUUUACAACCUCGCACGUCUUUAGACGAGGUUCUAAGCCUCAUUAGCAUCGAUACAGGGGACUGUUCAAGUACCCCAGAGAUAAGCCUUUAUCUCAGCUCGAAGAACGGCGAGACUCUCGAUACAGAUCUUUUCGUCGUGAUCGGGGCAAACGUCAACUACGAGAAUUAUAUGAAAAACGUUGAGGAUCAUCGAAAAGAGAACCCACGAGCUCCAAAAUUUGUCUUCUGCAGCCUGGGUGGCAUUCCGACCGACCGGACCUUUAAAUACGACAAAGAUGUACUUUUAACGUCAGGUUUUGAUGAUAAAGUGUGCCAAAUCAUCACUGCCUUCUCCAAGUUUUAAAGGAACUCUGGACAGAAAUUCAGGGAAAUUUUAAAUGUAUGACAAAUUGUAAAUAAC